AUGCUCGGCAGCUUUUCCUCGGCACCGCUUCCCAAGCGGAAGCGCUUAUCGUAUGCAUGCAACUAUUGCCGGGCCAAAAAGACACGCUGCGACGAGCAGUUCCCCAGCUGCCAGAACUGCCAACUGGCUGGUGUGCCGUGCGUCACGGUCGACAAGAGGCGCCCGAAUGCCCCCGUCCAGCAUCGCCGCAAGGAUCUCCCCAUUACCGGGCGAUCCCUUGAUAUAGAAACAACAGGCUUGACGGCGCUGGCGUCUCCAGAAACCACGGGCGUUAGUUGCUCCUCCUCCCAGAUCACCCCUGCUACGGUCGCGACGCUUUCACGCUCCGCCUCUCCAGUCGCAAGAGGCCCCAACGAGUGGUCCAACUGGGACACGAGACAUCUCCCGGUGAUUCCCACACGGCCUGGAUCGAGCGUUGUCCAAAUCGCAACGCAGUGGCUCGAUCUAGCCCUUUCUCGGUUGCGGGUUCCACGCUCAAAUCACGUCCGUGCCAGCCUCAGUCCAUGCCUGGCAAGCCCAAAUCCUCCAUGCGAUUACGCGGUUGCGGCGGUAGAACCUGCUCUGCCGCCUCUUGACGAACUACACACAUUCGCCGAGCUGUUCCUCAAGGUCUAUCAUGUGGUGUAUCCGUUUCUCGACCGUCAGAGGAUGCUUCUACUCUUGAAUGAAGUCCCCGACAUACGCCAUAGCGGUGGAAGAAUACGUAGAGACGGCAAGGCUUCUACACUAUUGCUCCUCUAUCUGAUACCUAUCCUGGGCACUAUGGCGAGCCCAACAGUGUCCGAGCAGCGUCUGGACACAUAUCUGGGUUACUGCCACUCUCUUGUUGGUCACCUCAUCCUCCAACCAUCCAUACAGUCGGUGCAAGCCCUCCUUCUUUUCUCAAUGACCCUUCGUCUCCGCGACCAGUUAUCGCAAGCCUGGGAUGUGCUCGCACUUGCUAUCUCCAUGUCGAAAACAUUGCGGCUUGCCGAUUUGACUGCUAACCUGCAAAGCACCCACGGAAGCAAGUCAAGCAGUGAUAAAGAUUCCCUCCGCACAUGGUGGGCCCUAUAUGUAUUUGAAAAGUUUCUUGCCUUCGACUCUGGUCAAAAUUGCAGCCUAGACGAUCCAAUAUUAUCGUCCGUAGGACGCCAAACCCGAACAGAGACCUUGGAACAUGGGAGUGCUCUGGACCUCCAAGAUUAUGAACACUACCUGACAAGCCUAGCCAAUGUACUACGCGAAAUGCAACAUCGCUCAUGGCAUACAUGGCGGACACAGAGUCUAGAUACAACGAGCGAGGCGAAUGCGCGGGCGAGCAAAAUUCGUGCAGCAGGAGCAAUCGACACAUUGCUGUGGAAGUGGCGGGCCAGCCUGCCGCCUGAAUACCAGGUUGGGACGCCUGGCUCGACCGAUGUGCAGCUCACACCUCAGUGGGCAUUUCUCUCUUUUUACUAUCACCUAGCAAUAGUUGUAUUAUAUCGAAACACUCUCCUGCUAGAUUGGAACGAGGUAAAGGGCGAGGUCGAUCGGUAUGGCUCUGGGGAACCCUGGCAUGUCCGGCUUCGCAACGGGCCCCAAAUAUGUCUCGAGGCGGCUAGGGACAUGGUUAGUCUCCAGGUCACAGUGAGCGAAGCCGGCCAGCCCAGCUUUCUCGCCCUCGGGACCUCACCGUUGGCGGCGGUAUACGUCUUCGUUAUCCAGAUUCGACGUCAGCCAGGAUCAAUCCUGACCCGGACACACUCUGAGCUCAUGAAGGCGGCGAUGGCGGUCUCUCAACAACGACAUUCGUUCAACGGGGCCGGAAGCGCGUUGCAUGGAUCCCUUGAGGCAUUGGAGCAGUAUGUCGCCCAGCUCAUAGGGGAGGCGGCCAGUCGGUCUUCAGUCCAGGUCAACCCAGAAUCUGUGGAGGUCAGCCAUGACUCGAUGCCCACGCGAGAGACAUUACCAGAUCCGCUGGAACCUCCAUCGCUCACUUGGGGCUCGUUUGAAAUGUUAACCUGGGAUUGGAAUGAACUCGUUCCGCAGGGCUAG